AUGAUGAGCAUGGAGAAACUUCAACUUUUACUUGCUCGUGGCACAGGGCAUAAGAGUGUAGAAGAUGAUCUCUUCAAAACAGUCGACGAUUCCUUAAAAGUUUAUAGACGAGUAGGAGUUUUUGAAAUUACUGAUCAAUCCGAUGAACUAAGAUGCACUGAUAAUUUUCAAUGCAAUGUGGAUGGUUGUACUGCAAGUUUCACAUCAAUGGCUGAUUACGAUUCACAUUAUAAUUCAAAUCAUCGUUACACUUGUAUUUACUGUCGUAAACUAUUACAAUCUGCACAUCUCUUGGAUUUACAUUUGAGCGAAACACACGAUAACUUUUUUAAAGUCUCCUCUGUUAAAAAACCAAUGUUCAAAUGUUUCAUUGUAACAUGUCAAACACAGUUUUGGAAUUCCGAAGAACGAAAUGUUCACUGUAAAGAAAUUCAUAAUAUGUCAAAGAGUUUCUUGCAGCAUUAUGGAAAUAAAAAAAAUCAGAAAAAUAGGAAGAAAACUAAAUAUACUGCACCACCAAAUUUAGAAUCAAUGGUAGAAUCAAGCAUGGUUAUAAAUUAA